AUGUCUCUCUCGAAAUUCACCGGCUUCACAUACUCGAAGUCGCUCAUCUACUUUCUUCUUUUUACUGUCACAUUCUCGGUUUUCUCUUUUUCGCAACAAUCUUUUGUUCUCGGAGGGAGAUUACGUCCCAGAUUUUCACUAGAGUUCAUAGACUUCAGAGACCAGUUGAUGAGGUUGGGGAAGGAAAUUCAUCUGUGGAGUGUUUUACCUGCUGGAACCCUUCUCCCCCUUCAGUUUCUUCCGAUAGUAAGGAGAAAGUACUUGAAUUUGCAUAGGUUUUUGGGAAGAGCCUUAUUCUUCAUGCUACUGGUUGGCAACACAUGUGCUUUUGGGAUUGCUCAUAAUUCCUUCGGAGGGACUCUCGAAACUAGAAUUUGGGUAUAUACACUUGGCGUCAUGGUAUUUUUUGCAUUAUUUAAAUCCUGGGUUGCAAUUAGACAGAAAAGAAUUGCAGAGCAUCGAGUUUGGGCUAUCAGGACUUGGGGGUGGAGUGGUUCUAUCUUCACUAUGCGCGUGCUCAUGUUCUUCCUUGCCCGAUUCAUUCUUUCGCCACACACCCGCGACUUUUAUUCCGUCACCACAUGUUCCAUUCUCCAUGAAUUAUACAUCACUCAUUCGCACCCUCUUGAGCUUAUUACACAAAACUAUCCUAUAUGUGAGAAUACAUUACUGGGACUAUCAACACACGAAGUUCACAUUCCAGUUCAACUUGGAUACUAUCCGCUAGAGCGUAUGACGAUGACGAUUACUAUGGUAUUUGGAACGUCGGGAUGGCUGGCAAUGGUGCUGCAUAUGGUGGCCGUGGAGUGGUGGUUGAACUGGAGUGCUAAUGAGAGCAAGAAAGAUGCCAUGAAGGUGAAGAAAACUUGA